UCCAACACGCGCACGCACGCACACACGCGUGACGGCUCAGCAGCUCGCCGAAUGUCCGCUCCCGACAUAACGGGACAACUUGGAGCUCCCCCGGCAGGAUAUUCGCCGACUUCUCCAUGCUUCCCGUGCCCUCCUGCGAGCGCCUGUCCCCGGGCUGAGAAUUGCUGAUGAAAUGAGGACGAAUAGAGGAGGAGGGCACUGGCGAAGGUGCGACCCUCAUUAGACGCACACCACUAUCAAGCAAGUUCCCCCGCCAUGGCCAACCACUCGGAGCUGAUCCAGGAGCUGCAGCAGCUGGACAAAGUGCCCAGUCUGGAGAGGCUGCGGGCGGCACAGAAGCGGCGCAGUCAGCAGCUGAAGAGAUGGGCCGUCUACGAGAAGGAGAUGCAUAGCAAGAAGCGCAAGGCAGACAAGAAGGGACGAAACGGCAACGGUCUCCAGCGUGACCAGUCAAAGAGGCGAGUGUCAUUUGCCGCCAGCGUGGCGCUUCUGGAAGCGACGACUCGGAAUGACCCAGAAGAAGUGCGCUAUUUGCUGAAGAACAACGUGAGCCCAGACCUCUGCAACGAAGACGGCCUCACCGCACUGCAUCAGUGCUGCAUAGACAACUACGAGGAGAUGGUGAAGAUCCUGCUCAACCGAGGCGCAAACGUGAACGCUCAGGACAACGAGCUGUGGACGCCGCUGCACGCCGCCGCCACGUGUGGCCACGCGGGCCUCGUCAAGCUCCUCAUCGCACACGGAGCAGAUUUGCUGGCGGUCAACUCUGACGGCAACAUGCCCUACGAUAUUUGUGAAGACGACCCUACACUGGAUAUCAUCGAGACAGCCAUGGCCAACCGAGGCAUCACCCAGGAGAUGAUCAACGAGACCCGAGCUUCAACAGAGAGGAGGAUGCUGGGAGAUAUCCAGGAGCUAGUGAGGUCAGGAGAGGAGGUCAACCAGCAGGACUCUCAAGGAGCCACACUGCUGCACAUCGCAGCAGCAAACGGCUUCAUGCAGGCUGCAGAACUGCUGCUGGAAGGAGGCGCCGGCAUGGACCUGAGGGACUCGGACGGGUGGCAGCCGCUCCAUGCUGCGGUGUGCUGGGGUCAGAUGCACCUCGCUGAGCUGCUGGUGUCUCACGGAGCCAGCCUCAAUGCCAAGACCUUCCUGGAGGAGACGCCCAUCGACCUGUGCGAGGACGAGGAGUUUCGAAGCAUCCUGCUGGACCUCAAGCACAAACACGACAUCAUCAUGAAGUCCCAGCUCAAACACAAGACCUCCUUGAGCCGCAGGACGUCCAGUGCAGGCAGUCGUGGGAAAGUAGUGCGGCGAGCCAGCCUGUCGGACAGACACAACCUUUGUCGCAAGGAGUACGAGACUGAGGCCAUCGUGUGGAGGGGAGGAAGGGAGCAGGACAAGGAGAAGGAAGCUGAUCAGCAGGAGAAUGUUCAGGUGAUGCCUGUAGAAGUUGUAGAAGUCCUCAAGCAGCCCCAGCUGCCCGCCAUCCUCAAAGAAGGCGGCACCAAACCUAACGGCGUCGUGGCCACAUGGUCGUGCACGGGGCCACAGCCCUCUACCACGCUCCAAGGCGAAAAGGGGCCCGGCGAGAAACCUCAGACUCUGUCCGAGCUGAAGAAACAGAGGGCGGCGGCCAAAAUUUUGAGCCACCCGUUGUUGAACGGCCACCUUUACAACGGGUCCACGGACUCCUUCAGCGACGCCAAAGCCCACUGGGAUGACCCCCGCAUGCCUCUGGUGUCGUCCAACGGAAGCGCCGUUUUCUACACGCCGGCCAGCGGCGACCCGCCCCUCCUCAGACUGAAGCAGCCGCUGGAAGAGGAGCAGCCCAAGUCACGGACCUGCUGCUGUGUGUCGUAGCGCCCUCGUCAGGUGAGAGGAGAGAACAGCAAGUGUUUGCACAGGAGAGAAGGUGAAGGAAUGAAUGUGUCGCUAAACUGUCACUCACUCACUAAGGCUGCGUUCACACCUUUUCUCUGCGUGUGGACAUGAUCGUCUCAACUACCCAUUGACCAAUAGGUUGUCUUCAGGGACGAUGCAAGGCUGAUGACCGAGUAUAUGUCAGUAAAGAGCUGGACAAGGCUUUUAGUCAGCGGUCACCAUUACGUCCAUGGCGAGCUAGCAGUGGAUGGCGGAGGGUGUGUCAGUGGAUGGUGGAGGGUGUGUCAGUGGAUGGCGGAGGGUGUGUCAGUGGAUGGCGAGCUAGCAGUCGAUGGUGGAGGGUGUGUCAGUCGAUGGCGGAGGGUGUGUCAGUUGAUGGCAAGCUAGCAAUCGAUGGUGGAGGGUGUGUCAGUUGAUGGCAAGCUAGCAAUCGAUGGUGGAGGGUGUGUCAGUGGAUGGCGAGCUAGCAGUCGAUGGUGAAGGGUGUGUCAAUGGAUGGCGAGCUAGCAGUCGAUGGUGGAGGGUGUGUCAGUGGAUGGCGAGCUAGCAGUCGAUGGUGAAGGGUGUGUCAAUGGAUGGCGAGCUAGCAGUCGAUGGUGGAGGGUGUGUCAGUGGAUGGCGAGCUAGCAGUCGAUGGUGAAGGGUGUGUCAAUGGAUGGCGAGCUAGCAGUCGAUGGUGGAGGGUGUGUCAGUCGAUGGUGAGUUACCGGUCGAUGGCGGAGGGUGUGUCAGCAGAUGGUGGAGGGUGUGUCAGUCGAUGGCAAGCUAGCAGUCGAUGGUGGAGGGUUUGUCAGUCGAUGUUGGAGGGUGUGUCAGUCGAUGGCAACCUAGCAAUCGAUGGUGGAGGGUGUGUCAGUCGAUGUCGAGCUAGCAGUCGAUGGUGGAGGGUGUGUCAGUCGAUGGUGGAGGGUGUGUCAGUCGAUGGCAACCUAGCAAUCGAUGGUGGAGGGUGUGUCAGUCGAUGUCGAGCUAGCAGUCGAUGGUGGAGGGUGUGUCAGUCGAUGGUGGAGGGUGUGUCAGUGGAUGGCGAGCUAGCAGUCGAUGGUGAAGGGUGUGUCAAUGGAUGGCGAGCUAGCAGUCGAUGGUGGAGGGUGUGUCAGUCGAUGGUGGAGGGUGUGUCAGUCGAUGGCGAGCUAGCAGUGGAUUGUGGAGGGUGUGUCAGUCGAUGUUGGAGGGUGUGUCAGUCGAUGCUUAGCUAGCAGUCGAUGGUGGAGGGUGUGUCAGUCGAUGCUUAGCUAGCAGUCGAUGGUGGAGGGUGUGUCAGUCAAUGGUGAGCUAGUAGUCGAUGGUGGAGAGUGUGUCAGUCGAUGGCGGAGGGUUUGUCAGUUAAUUGUAGAAAGUGUGUUAGUCGAUGGAAAGCUGGCAGUCCAUGAUGGAGGGUGUGUCAGUUGAUGGUUGAGAGUGUGUCAGUCGAUGGUGAGCUUGCAGUCGAUGGUGGAAGGUGUGUCAGUCGAUGUUGGAGGGUGUGUCAGUCGAUGGUGAGGUAGCAGUCGAUGGUGGAGGGUGUGUCAGUCGAUGGCGAGCUAACAGUCGAUGGUGGAGGGUGCGUCAUUCGAUGGCGGAGGGUGUGUCAGUUGAUGGCGAGCUAGCAGUCGAUGGUGGAGGGAGUGUCAGUCGAUGGAGGGUGUGUCAGUGGAUGCCGGAGGGUGUGUCAGUGGAUGCCAGAGGGCGUGUCAGUCGAUGGCGGAGGGUGUCAAGCGGGAAACACUUUUUUUUAUUUCAACACUCUCGCGCUGUACCUGCCGUCAAAAGUCUAAAAACGACUGCAAAGUUCCUGUCUUCACAAUAAAAGCUCUGCUUCAUUCUGCCUGCGCUAACAAAAUAAGAGUCUCACAAAGCUAGCGCUCACAAGCUUGCAAGCUAUCUUAACCUGGGUUUGAAAGAUCCCUGGGGGGGUUCGGUGAGUCGGCCUCAGGGGUUCGGUGGGGGUCAAACACACCCAAUUAACUCAUAGUAUAAAUACAAACUUCUCCGUAACGACAUAUUAAGGAUACGGCAACAGCUGACUGAUUUGCAGGUGUGUCAUUUGUUGUGAGUUUAUGCACUGUGUUGCUUUUGUUGUUUGAACAAGGUGAUUGUCAUGCUCGGUUCAAUUUGUACACCAGUUAAAAAAACAUGGUAACACUUUAGUAUGGGGAACAUAUUCACCAUUAAUUAGUUGCUUAUUAACAUGCAAUUUAGGAACAUAUUGGCUCUUAACUAAUCAUUAUUAAGUACUUAUUAAUGCCUUAUUCGGCAUGGCGUUAUUAUAACCCUAACCCUGACCCUAACCCUAACCAAAUAACUCUAAAUUAAGUCUUUAUUACUUACAAUAUGUUCCCCAUAUUAAAGUGUUACCAAAAACAUAUAACUUGGUCUUGAAUUUGAAAAACAACAACAUUUUAUUUUUCACCAAAGGAGGAUUCGGGGAAUGCGCGUAUGAAACUGGUGGGGUUCGGUACCUCCAACCAGGUUAAGAACCACUGUUGUAAAGUCUAUAAAUAUAUAUAUUUUGUGGUCCUCUCCAAGGUUCUCAUAGUCAUCAUUGUCACCGACGUCCCACUGGGUGUGAGUUUUCCUUGCCCUUAUGUGGGUUCUUCCGAGGAUGUGGUAGUCGUAGUGGUUUGUCAAUCCUUUGAGACAUUUGUGAUUUAGGGCUAUAUAAAUAAACAUUGAUUGAUUGAUUGAUUGACUGAAAAAGGAGUAUCUCUUAUUAUAUCCAAUGUAUUUGUCAACCACCUUGCACGGGAGGUGUAGCUCUCCUCUUGAAAAGGGUAACCGUCCUUUGGCAGCUUCACAUAAGUUAUGACUUUUACUUCCUCUAUUUAGUCAAGUUUGAUGUCCUCUCCAUGCUGUGCGCUAGUGUCAUUUUUUGAGGUGGAAUAAGUUGCUUUGUUUUGUUCCCUUUAUUGAAAUACUGUACCCUUACUUUCGAAAUAUUCCAGUCAGUAUGCACUAUUACGUAUCGUCACCCGAUUAUGUCUCUUAAUAAAAAAAUAAAAAAACUUUCCAAAGAUUCAAUGGGCAAAAUCUAACAACUGAGAUUGGACUAUGAAAACCCUUAGUCGUUAGAGGGUACCACAGCACUGAACCACAGGUGUGAACGCAGCCUUAAGAAAAAUGGACCAAAUUCUCCAGAAGAAAUUUAGCUGAGCCGAUGGAUUAAAAUUCCUUUAUUUAUUUUUUUUCAGAAAUACCCAAAAUUAAUUUUCCAGGUACUGAGUAGAAUUCUGUUCAAAGAUGUACGUAUUUUCAAAUAAGCAAUGAAGGUUCCCUUUAUCUGAAAAUGGAAGAACAUUGUCAUCACCUUGCAGAAGUGUACUCAUUUUUAUACUGUUUGUCCACCCUCAAAUGAUUUAUUCAUGCAUCAUCCACCCUCAGAUCCUUUAAGACGACCCGUUGACUGUAUUUAUUUAUGACGUGAUUAAACAGCUUACUGGUUCCUAGAAUAUUUAUUGUCAGUGUCACGUGACCGCGAUGCAGGAUGAAAGAUCUCAUGUUGACAGGAAGUGCUCGGGGGCACAUCAUGGUUAUGCUAAUGAGAGACACUUCGUAAGCACAUUGGCUAGAACAUUCAACGGUAUGUUACCUCAUCUCCUCGCCAGUGCCAAAGAGUCUUCCAUUAAAAAAAAAAAAAAAAUACUGUAUAUUAGGUUUGAAGUCUUCUUGAUCUUGUUGUUAACCCAUAAUUCAACCUCCUAAAAUCCCUUGAACCCUUUUGUACAGUGUCAACUAUUUGUAAGGACACAUUUGUGAAUACGUUUGAUCUGUUCCCAUUAACUGCGUCUGUUACUUGUGAGGUCAUGAAAAUAAACAGAACCAGACUGAGUGACAUAGGACUGGGUCCGGCUUGGUUUUUACCUCCUAAAAUCCCUCGAACCCUUUUAAACAGUGUCAACUAUUUGUAAGGACAUGUUUGUGAAUAUGUUUGAUCUGUUCCCAUUAACCGCGUCUGUUACUUGUGAGGUCAUAAACAUAAACGGAACCAGACUGAGUAAUAUAGGACUGGGUCUAGCUUGGUUUUUGCCUUGUUCUGGGUUCUAGUCCUGGGUACAUUAACCAAGCUCCUAAUGCUUCAGUCACACGGAGGAUUCUCACAAGAAUGAGGGAAAGACUUAACCUGGGCCCACUGUACCCGUCAUGUUGCUAAUCCCAGGCGUUUCAUGUCUUCAUUAUUCAUGUUUAAUGUUGUUUUGUUUUAAUGAAAGUAGGCUUGUCUGGUCAUGUCCAAUGUCCACUUUGUCAAUAAAGUCACAUUUCAAGCUGCCAUAAAAGGAUCAUCUCCUGAUACAGAGUGACUCUUGGAAUAAAUUGUAUAUUUUGACAA